GCCAGAGAGACGACGGAUAUCCCUUUUCUCUCUCUCGAUCUCUCUCUCUUUCUCUCUCUGGUUUAUAUCUUCAAUUGUUUGUGAAGGACGAUUUCGUAUAAACGAGUUUUCUAUUGAUUGCUGGUCUGAAUCAUUUCGAUAAUUAUGAUCUUUUCAGCUUGAAGAGGAAGUGAGUUUAUUAUAUUGUUCAAUGAUGCGUUUUGGAUCGUGAUGAUGGUGAAAAUGAACGAUAUGUCUCCUUUUGACCGGAGAAAGAUAUUCAGAUAAAGCAAAAACGUAAGGUCUUGCGGAAAAGAUGAAGUGUUUCCUCUAUGAGAUAGUGUGAGAAGACGAGAUUAAUACAAGUUGCAUACUUUUUUUUUUUCCCUUUCUCAUCCACACGAGCCCAUUUUGCGCAUCAAGUGUUUGUGAAAAUGCCGAUGUAUCAGCCAUCUAAUAGAAGGAAGUACGAUGUGGGGAGUGGAGGACAGGUGCUGGAUCUGGAUACAGCGGUUAAGGAUGGAAUUUUGGGAUGUGGGGGUGGGUUGAUUUGUGGUGGUCUAACUGGAGAAAAGUUGGAUCUAAAAAAUAUUAUUGAAGAAAUGGAUUCCAUUAUUGAAGUCCCAGCUGUGUUCAUCUGUCCGAUAUCUUUAGAACCAAUGCAAGAUCCAGUGACUCUCUGCACAGGACAGACCUAUGAGAGAUCUAAUAUUCUCAAAUGGUUCUCGUUAGGACACUUUACUUGUCCCACAACAAUGCAGGAGCUUUGGGACGAUUCAGUAACCCCUAACACCACUCUUUGCCAACUAAUCAACAGUUGGUACUCACAGAAAUAUUUGGCAACUAAGAAAAGAUCAGAGGAUGUUCAAGGUAGAGCAAUGGAGCUUUUAGAGACUCUAAAGAAGGUCAAAGGUCAAGCACGUGUUCAAACUCUGAAGGAGAUUAGACAAGUUGUGUCAGCUCACAGUUCAGCCGGGAGAAUCGUGGCUGAAAGAGGAGGAAUUGCCUUGUUAUCUUCACUCCUGGGUCCUUUCACCACACACGCUGUUGGCUCCGAAGCAAUUGGGAUCCUCGUGAAUUUGGAUCUUGAUUCGGAAUCAAACAAGUGCUUAAUGCAGCCUGCGAAAGUCUCGCUAAUGGUCGACAUGUUGAACGAGGGAUCAAUUGAUACUAAGGUUAACUGCACGAAACUGAUUGAAUCCUUGAUUAUAAGGGAAGUUGAAGUAGAAGUGGAAUCUGAAAUCGUCUCGAGUUUGAGUCUUUUAGCAGGUCUUAUGCGCUUAGUGAAGGACAAGAGACACCCAAAUGGAGUAUUGGCAGGACUUCGAUUGCUGAAUAGGAUAUGUUCUUACAGCAGGGCGAAGUCUUCGGUUUUGAGCAUUGGUGGUGUUCAUCAAUUAGUUGAGCUUUUCCCAGGGUUAAAUCCAGAAUGUUCAGAACUAUCCCUUUCAAUACUGGAAAACCUUUCUAAACUUCCAGAAGGAAGCUUGGCUCUUAAGAAUUUCCCAGGUACAAUACCGACAAUGGUGAAACUAUUAAUGAAGAUUUCUGAAAACUGCACUCAAUUAGCGUUGUCGAUUUCAUGGGCAGUCUGUAAUCUCGCCCCCGAAGAAUGUGCUCCGAUUGCUGUCGAUGCUGGUUUAGCUGCAAAGCUCCUUUUGGUAAUUCAAAGCGGUUGUAAUGCUUCAUUGAAACAAAAGGCUGCAGAGCUCUUGAAAUUGUGUAGUAUGAAUUAUACAUCCACUAUCUUCAUUUCAAAGUGUAAGCUCACAAGAACCAUGCAAUGAAGUGAAUUGUUCAUACUAGUAGCAAAACUAAUUUUGCCCCCCGACAGAAGAGCUGGAAUGAAAGAAAGAGCUUUACGAGUUCUGAGAAACUCAAAAUAAGUUCUUUGAGGUACCCUCUGUCUCUCCUGUGUACAUUGAAAAAAAAAAAGAAAAAAAAAUGAUUCAAUAUAUAAUAGGAUGCAGAGAAAAGCAUUAUAAAUGACAAUUAUAGUCUAAUUGCUUGAAUUGCCUAAAGAUCUUUUUAUUAUAUAUGCUUAAGAGAGAACAUUGUAAAUGAUUGUUCUAUUUGGCAAUGAAGUUGAGUCUAUGAUUUGAUUAUU